AUACACCGUAAAUCAUAAAUGUCUACAGUUCAUAUUAAAACAAGGUUUGAAUAUGGUGUGUUUUCAGUAAAUUGACUUUAUCAAUGAAGCUUUUGAAGCGUUAAUCGCACGUGUUGUGCCAGAACGUGAUUCGAGGUUUCGAACCAAUAUUUUUAGCCUAAGGAGACACCUAGUGGAUGUCAGAACGUAUAGCAACGCUUUAAACAAUCUGAGGGUGACGUCUCCGUGUUUGAAAUGCACGAAUAAUGUUGGUCGGUAUGACACCAGCAUCUAAUUGUAUUACGCUAAAUAUAACCUUAAAAAUACUACAAGUGUUUCUAUAAGUGUACUUGUGACUAAUAGCUUGAAUUGCAAAAUUAUGGUACUAUGAAAAAGAGGAAAUGUGUCUGUGAAGCAUUCUAGGAAUUUCUGUUUAGCUACCUGCGUAAAACAAAACUUAAGCAUGAAUAGAAACUGUUCGACGUGACUUUGGUUACUUCACUUACCUCCAUAUUACUCAUACAGAGAGUUAAUUAUCUGUUCAAAAUUUAAAAAGUAACAAGUUUAAUGAGUACAACAUUGUUUUAAAUAAUUAUUUAUUUAUUCAUUAUUUUAAAUGUUAUUUUCAUCAGUAGAUUAUAUAUUCUAGAGAUUUACAUCUAACUUUGUGUACAGUGGUAUUUAGGUUUUUACUAUUUCAGAGCAAGAAAUGUAGCCAAUGGACAGCUUUUGAAACAAAAGAGAAACAAAAGCAUUUUAUCAGACCGGAACCGAUGAUAUCAACAACACACCGAGGUCAAGAUUGGCAUUAACAGCUUUAUUUUGCUGCGAUGGCGUUGAACCAGGAAACUUCACUUAAAAUAAAACUUAUUCAACUUCAGUGCCACUUCACCUGGGGUCUCAGGAAAGAGGACACUGACCUCAGUGACCUGCAAAAUAGACUGGAGGAUGAUAUCAAUUUCAGUUCACCUGAUCAAGCCGGGGGCAAGCACUUAUUUAGCUAUUUGGCUUUUGUGAAUUAUUUGCAAGACCAGCCAGAAGAAGCACUCGCUAACUUGGCAAAGGCUGAAGACCACAUUCGUAAACACAACAAAGAAUGUGAGAAAAUGCUCAUUGUAACAUAUGGAAACUUUGCAUGGCUGUACUACCACUUGAACGACCAUGCAAAAUCUAUGAGUUAUCUGGAGAAGGUGGAAGAUAUUAAGCAGCGAUUUCCAACACAGUCUCCUACUGCUUUUCAUGCGGAGGUCUACGGAGAGAUGGGAUGGACCUUCCUCAAGUAUUCUAGGAUAUACCACGAGAAAGCUAAAGAGUGCUUUGAGAAAGCCUUGAAAGAGUAUCCAGACAAUCCUGACUGGAACUGUGGUUAUGCUACAGCGCUGUACCGGGUUGAAUCUGAGAGCAACACAACUGCAGAUUCACCAGCUGGUAAACAGCUAAGGCGUGCCUUAGAGCUGAGCCCUGGGGAUUCUUAUAUCAUGGCGCUUUUGGGUCUAAAACUAGCUGAAUCUGGGAGAUUGAAUGAGGCAGAGGAAUUGAUUGAAAGAGCUCUCAUGAUUUCACCAGACAACCCUCAUGUCAUGCGGUAUGUUGCAAAGUUUUUCAGAAGACAUGGAUCUAUGGAUAAGGCCAUAGACCUUUUGAAGCGAGCCCUUGAAGAAACACCCAAUUCAGCCUUUCUUCAUCAUCAAAUUGCUGCCUGCUAUAGGAAUAAAAGAUUCAACUUGUGCAGAAAUGGAGGGAAAAACAACAAUAGAGAAGAGGUUGAACACCUUCUCCUACUUGCCAUCCAUCAUUGUGAGAAGGCUAUUGAGAUGAAGUCCUCCUUCAUUUAUGCCUUGAUAGAUCUAGCUCUUUUACAUGCAGAGAAGAGAAACCUCACCAAAGCCGAGGAGCUGUUUCAGGAAGCAUUUCAGGUGGCCAGAGCAAAAAAUGACAACUUGCAAAAUGUCCAUAAAUGUUAUGGUGACUUCCAGCUGUAUACCAAAAGAUCAGAGUCUCUGGCCAUAGAGCAUUACAUGAAAGGGUGUCAACUUCAGAAAGAUAGCAAAAUGUGUGAGAAGUGUGUUAAGAAAUUGGAAAUGAUAGCAAAGAGGCACAUUGACAGGAAUCCGAGUGAUGGGGAAGCUUUUGGGAUUCUGGGAUAUGUUAAUAAGCUAAGGGGUGACAAGCUUCAAGCCAUAGAGUGCUAUGAGAAAGCUCUUUUACAUAGUCCAGGGAACGGUGAGUUUCUCACAGCUCUCUGUGACCUUCGGCUUUCUCUGCACUAGUCGCUGGCCAUGUUUACCACUACCUGUGCUCACUGUCUGUAACUCUUUGCACAAGACCUCCAUACUAGGCACCAUUAUGGACUCUCUCCUCAUUUUGUAUAUCUCUCAUAACACUAAAGGUCAUCAGAAACAUCAGUAAACGAGGCUUGGGCAGGAUGCCUGAUGCGUUGCCACCAGAGAAUGUUCCAGGUUUGAUAUUACAGGCCUAGAAGAAGCUGACCUCAUCAAAUGAAGCCUCAAAUUACUCACACAGCCAGUCUUGGGCUCCGCCCUCCAAGCUAAGACUGUAAGUCCACAAAAAGUUUGUUACACAGCAGUGAACAUGAGUGACAAGUUAUAAAAUCUGAAAUGCAAAGGAGCCUCUCUUGGAGCCGAUGGUCAAAAAGACGAUCGCUGAAAUCUAAAGGUGCUCCAGACCUGGGAAACAGCAAACCUGCAUAAUUCCUGAAAUCAAUGCAUUAGUGAAUGCAAUUGGAUGCUGGGAUACAUUUAUCAAGUAAAAACUAUGAAAGGUCCAACUGUACAAUGCUAUGCAGUGGCUCUAUUACAUGAUCAUGCAAAUGGAGAACUGGGAAGCUGGUGUGAGCUUAUAAUUUGAAUAGCUGAUAUUUAAAGUGUUUAACAUUGUGUAAUCAUUAUCUAAAUUUUUAUCAUUCAGUAUAUUAAUGUGUAUUCGAUUUCUUGAGUUUUAUUUUAUGUUACAGGCAUAUAACAUGCAUUAUCUUUGUAACUAUUUUACUGUACACAAACCAUCAGUCUCAAAGUGUCAUAUAAUCUAAACCAAUCAGUAGCUAUUGUGGAAAAUGAUUUUUUCAUCAUACACACACACACACACACACACAUACAAAAAC